AGGAAGAGUCAGAAGAAAAAUUAACCAAAUACAGCAGAAUCCGAGUUAUGCCAAACUCUUCCUCCACCGCUUAACCGACUAACUAACACACCUAACCAUUUACGUUCUUUUGAUGUUCUACGAUUUUAUUUUUUAUGAUUAUGAUAUAAUGAUGAAUAUGGUCAUACUGCCCUUCAUUUGAAUGAGUUACGCUUCUUUCUUGGAUCCGUCCUUCGCUUUAGCUGGUCCAAAUAUACAAAUCUCCGAAAUCCUCCGUCUAGAACUCCGUAUACCUACGCACCGCCUGCUUGUCAGCCGAAGUCCUGUCAUUCAUUACGGAAUCGACCUGUAGCUGUGCUAUAAUCGUUACGUUGUUUCCGGCGAACUACUAUUACAUAGAAUUAUUCAAUAUUCACGAUGAUGGCGGGCAACGAGGCGACGCAAGGGAAGCGAAAGAGCCUCGAGUUGUCGGCCCUCCCAAAAUUGGUGGUACCCGCCCCGACCGAGAACAAUAGCAUUACUUCAUCGGGUAGCCAUCUUUCCGCCCAACCUCAUGCCCUCAGUGUCGAUUUUCAGUGCGUCAAGGGUGAAGCCAUAUCGCCGUGCUCGGACAUCUCACUGUCGUCCCGAUGUAGUGUUGUGUCCCUUUCGCCAUCACUUUUUCCGUUACCGCCAACCGCCGCCUCACCGCCGACCACUUCCCACUCUACAACUUUUGACUCGCCACCUACGACCGCGCGGUCGCAGACAUCCAUAAGUUCGUGGUUUUCUCCCCCGUCACCGCCUCCCUCUUCACCUCUACCGCCAACACCUGUCCAGAAGAGGUUAGCCAGUCUCAUUGCCGCCACAAAUGGCCUUGAAAGCCUUCAAGUACCGCCCACUGCCGUGGUCAAGACACCUCUUUCCGCGAUACCAGAUGUCAGUUUGACAUGUUCACCAGAGCCUCCCAGCACUCCACCUCGGCGGCCUACAAACUACAACGUAGAUACCCAAGGUAUUCGGGAAUCAAUAAUCGAUCCAGAUGCACCACUCUCACCACCGCCACGGUCAUCACUACCACCUCCAUAUUCGCCAGGUUACUGCACCCCGCAGCGAUAUAGCAAUACCAGCGUGCCAAGUACUCGCGUCGACUCUACAACGCCGCUGACAUAUCAGCCGCCAGUUGAAAUUGAAGAUGCAACUCCCCAGGGUACCCCUGCAGCCGAGCGCGGAAGGACAAAGAGCGGUGAUGCGGAGGAGGGUGGGAUUGCAGCGCGCAUUCGGCAAUGGCGGACAGGACCAAAGGGGAGAAGGAGGAAGAUGAUGGUGGCCGCCGUGGGAGCGGCAACGGUAGCCCUAUUGAUGGUCAUUGCCGGGGUUGCCGUGGGCAUCUACAUCGCAGUGUCUGGUGCCCACACAAUAUAGGCCAGGUGCCUGGCCUCUUAUACUACUAUCAGAAAAUAUAGGAGGUUCCAUUGUCAUACACCUGCCGAGGCAAUGGAAGGUGAGGAAGGUAGAUUGAGUGAGGUAGGUGUGUGUAAUGAUGCAUGUAUGUAUGUAAUGUACGUUUACGUAUGUAGACUUGACUGGGCUGCGCGCGCAACCUAGAGCCACCCCAGAUAGACAAAAGCGCUUACGCGCACACCGUUUUUUCCUCGUCUCGUGACGAGCUGAUGUAAGUUAUAUACCUCAAAAUAUACACCCUCACCUAAAAUAAUGAUUUUAUGAUGGUUUGUAUGUGAGAUUAAGAUCUGGCUUCUAUAUAUAAACGCCGAUGAGGGGUAACAACCAUG